AUGUCUGCCCGUAAUCCAAUAGCGGUGGACGUCUCCACAAGCGUACCGAUAGUGGAGUUUCUGGAGAACUGUCGGACAGCCAAAAAUUUUCCCGAACCCCUGAAGAUGAGCGUGGAUCGGAUUUUGUUAGAAAAAAAUCACAUUCGGUUUAGUAUUGUAUGUGAAUGCCAUACAUGGAUGAAAAAUAAUGGAAAAGUAUCACCGCCACACCUCUGGAAGCUUUUCCGUUCAACUACAGUCGUUUUACCAGUACCAAAACCAACCCCAAGAAAUCCCGAAUUAGACGCACGGGUUAACGCCCUUCGUACCAAAUUUGCGAACGACGAAUAUAACAGAAUGAUUGAAAACUUGGGACCAAAAAUCGCUGUGCCACUAAACAAAGAGAGUGGGGUAUCUGUUUGUUCUGAAUUGAAAUGUUUGAAUAAGCAACUUAUGAUGAUUUUGAAUUUUAUCAUAAUCAUAUCUUCGGGUUUUGCUUUCGGAUACUUCAUCCCAGAGAUGAUUUCUUCAGCUCACGAAGUGAACUUUACCACAAGAAUCAUGUGUGCGUUAUCUGUCUCCUUUUUGGUAUUUUUCGCUGAUUUGUACUUUCUCUUGAAAAAUUUGAAUGAAUAUCUUUUUAACUUCACAUUGAUUGAAUCCAGUAAGAAGAUUUCAUAG